AACAACUCAUUAAGGACAUCCAAAGCCCUAAUAUGAAAGGAGAGGUAGAGAACGUUCGCUUAUUACUCAUCGGACCAAUAAAAGCAGGAAAAUCGUCAUUUUUAAACUCUGCAGCAUGUAUUGAUAAGGGACGAAUCGCAAUGGUUACUGCAGUCGGAGGAGAAGGAGAAAGUAUGUCUAAAAAGUUGAAGGUUUACCGUCCACAAGGAAAGUUGAAGAACUUCAGACUGUUAGAUACGAUGGGCAUUGCAACUGCUGGGGAGGCCGGCAUAAGCGUCAAAGAUUUGAUAUAUGUUAUAAAAGGAAACGUUCAUCCGGAUUAUAAGUUUAAUCCUGCAUCUCCGAUUACUGAUACGGACAAAUCUUUCUUUAAAACGCCGUCGAAGAAUGACCAAACACACUGUGUAGUCUUCAUGUUAGAUGCAAGAGUUGCCGGCGAAGGUAACAUAUCUACGGCUAUGAAAGCGAAGGUUGCAUCACUACAGGAUGAGCUUAAGGCAUUUGAUAUCCCUAGAGUAGUUCUUCUUACAAAAAUUGAUGUACUCUGUGAAAAAGUUGCCGCUGACAUCUGCAAUGUAUAUAAAAGUGCAAAAGUGCUGAAGGCUGUAACUUUUGCAGAAAAUUUGUUCCACGUCCCGAAAAUGAAUAUAUUUCCGGUGCAAAACUACAAGGACGAAAUGGAUAUAGACACUUCCAAAAACAUUCUACUGCUUCUGGCAUUGAGGCAAAUGGUAAAUAUUGCAACAGAGUUUAUAAACGAGCAUGCCGCAGGGAGCGAUGAUCAGCAAAAUGAACUUCCAAACGUCGCUUCUUCGAUCCUUCCUUUUUUAACGCUUUUGGUUUGCAAAUUAAAGAGUUUUUAACAUGGUUCUAUGUUUUACUGCUGGUAAUUAUACAGAAAAGAGCAGAAUAGAACAAAAUUUUAUUAAAGACAUGAUACAUCGUCAUGUUUAAUAAACAAAAUACCGUUAUAAUAUAAUGUUACGUUAAUAUGGUUUUUGAACAAACUGACAUUAUUAUUCAACAAAUACUACUGUUUCAUGAAAGAGGAAGAACAGUUAUAAUAUAACAUAAUUAUAUAAAUAUUUAUAAUACUUCUAUCACAGUUAGUCUUAAAUGUGGCGUUAAAGUUGCUGAUAGAAGACCCAGAAAUUAAUUUUAAUUGUUAACAUUCACAACCAUAGUUUUUGUUUUAAAAAUGUCAUAGUUUUACCUUGCAAGAUACUCUUGAUUUGUAGUAAAAAAUUCAAUAAAUUUGUUCAUCGAUGGUCUAUCAUGAUAUUACUUUUUAACAU